UCUCACGAUACAAGAGAAUCAUGUGCUCCUGUCUAUCGGUAAUUUCCGAUAUGAUUGCUCUCUCCAAAACCCAAAAACGGUCAGAACCCUUCCACCGGUUCCUCACCGGCCCUGGUAUAAACGUUGGCAUAAUAUUGGUUGGCCAGCUCCACCUUUCCCUUCCUUCGUUCCUUCACCUACUCACCGAGCAUGACUUGGUUGGAUGCACCAAUCUCGAUAGACCCGAUCAUUGCUGACAACGUUUACAUUGGAAAUCUCUCUGCCGCUCUAUCAGCCGAUGUACGCAAGAAACUUGGAAUAACACACAUUCUUUCAGUUUGCACGGAGUAUUCGUCUACAGAUCACAACCACCUCACAAUACCCGUGCAAGACUCAGAAUACGAAGAUCUCCUUAUACAUCUACCUCGGUCAUGUGGCUUCAUUCAAUCUGCUUUGGACCAAGGCGGGAAGGUCUUAGUGCACUGUGCCAUGGGCGUCUCAAGAAGCCCCACUGUCGUCUGCGCUUACUUAAUGUCCACUCAACGGCUGUCUGCUCAUGCAGCAAUACAAUACGUACGAAAACGUCGACCAAAGAUUCACCCUAAUUAUGGAUUCAUGAAGCAGUUGAUUGCUUUCGGCGAGUGCCGUUAUAAGCCUUCAUGCACAAACAGCGAGUAUAUCGCCUGGAAGCGCAGGCAAAAACGAGAAGUAUCUAAAUACCUCGACUUGAUUGCCGACACUGUACCCGUGGUACCAGAUCAAUUAUACCUUAGUAGUGACUUCCCGGGAGAUCCUGAUGCUGCCGAAUCACUUCUCUUGGAUUUGGGCAUGACACAUGUGCUUUCCAUCUCAUCUGCACAGCUUCCGAAGCCAGAUCUUCCCCUGUUCAAUCACUGUUUUAUUGAUAUUCCGAAUAAUGGUCGUGAAGCUUUGUUGCUUGAGCUUCCGACGGCAUGUAAAUUUAUCGGCGAUGCCAUCACCGGCGGAGGCCAAGUGCUCGUUCAGUGCCGCGUCGAGCUCAGAGCUUGUAUCAUAGUUUGUGCCUAUUUUAUGUUCACGCGUCAUGUAUCACCACGUCAAGCACUCAAACUUCUUGAAUCUGCGCUUCCACUGUAUAACCCUACAGACAACUUCUACCGUCAUCUAGACCUUUUUGCAGCGUGCAAUUAUGUCCCAACGCUCAACAACCCCCUUGUCCAAGCAUGGAUAUCAGGAGGCACUCAGGCGGGCAAGCCUUCCUUCAACAAGAAAUCUGCUACCACGACCAAAAGAGAUACAUUAUUGCUUGCGACCACGACGAUGACACUUGCGACGGAGCCGAAGGUGUUCGAUUUUGCAGCCCUCAGCGAGGUGCUGGCACGGUUUCAGUCGACUUCGACGAGCGUGGGCGUUGCGCGCACAUAGUUCGGUUCUAGUAUCACUGUUUAGCAUGACAUGCUUGCUCAUUUUAUCAUACCCCUCUCAGUCCGUGAACAGUAUACAUUGAUAAUAUCGCAUCAGUGUCUAUUCCAGAGUUGAGAAUCUCAUGUAUGUAAAAUCGAGGCUACAUACAUACGAUCUACCAUUGUACCAAGCUGAGUACGGGGCUCUACGCCUCCUUCCUCGG